AUGCCUCUCUUUAAUCCUAUACCGGUACUCACAUCAACCUCCCUCGAUGCCGGUAUUCUAUCCCAGCUAGAGGUAGCCCUAAGUGGGCUCCAUCGCAAGGCAGAUGUGUCUACACAUUCACGUGUUACCAUAAAAAACAUGAAUACAACGACCAAGAUCCUAUCUGCUGAAAGACUGGCCCCUCUUGCUCCGGACGCUUCAUUACUGAAUAGAGUCAAACGGAUUCCCACAGGACCACGCUCGAACAUUCCCAAUACUAGGCCCACUCCUACCAAAGCUACCUUUGCACAGUCUGCCUUUUCCCAGCCUAUGUUUGGUCAAUCUGCUUUCUCGCGACCAACCUUUGCGCAAAAUAACUCCGUCCGCAAGACUCCAACCUGGCCCCGUCACCGACAACCAUCUGCUAAUUCAAAGUGUUGA